CACCAGCUGUCGUCUGGCCAACAGUCUUUGCGAAUCCGUCAACAUGAAAUACUUCAACUUGCUGCUCAGCCUCUGCCUGGCAUUCAUGCUGUGCACCUCGUGGGUCUCAGCUUUCUCCAGUCUGGCCCCUCCGGACCCAACCCCGCCAAUUGGCAAUCCCGAUGGCGACGCAGGCACUGGCUUCCCGGGACCCCCGCAGGCGGCACCCACCGAGGCCAUGCCCGAGGUCAGCACCGAGUACCCACUGUACGGUGUUUAG